AAAUCACUAUGAUCCUUGGUUUAACCAUGUUUACCAAUCUAUGCCGUGUCCUGCCCUUUAUCAAGAUCCUACAUAUGCUGCACCGUCAUCGAUUGCUUCUCAAAGUCUCUUUACCUCUUAUCCAUCUGUUCCAUUUUCUCUUCGGCAGGGUAAUGGAGGGUUUGAUUUUGAAGCAUUGCCUCAGAACUUUGAGCCGUACAAGCUAUGGGGUCCUGAAGGAGACAACAACCAAGAAGAUCAAACUGCUUAUACUGUUGAUGGAUCUUCUUAUCAGAACGAGAUUUGGAAUUAUCAAGGAAACAACAAUCAAGAAGAUCAAACUGUUCAUACUGUUGAUGGAUCUUCUAAUCGGAACGAGACAUGGAAUUAUCAAGGAAACAACAAUCAGGGAGAUCAAACUGCUAAUACUAUUGAUGAAUCUUUUGACAUGAACUCACGCAAUCCGUUUGAUCCUAUCGGGAGACCUUGGAAUCCGUUUGGCCCUAUCGAGCGACCCUUCUCAUUUCUUCCCUCUAGUCAUGAACUGGCAGAUUUGGGAUUUGUGUAAAAUCUAAGUUUCAAAAAGGAGUGGGUGGCACAUAUCAUUGACAAGUUCAUGGGUGUUUUUGUCUAACCAAGUUACCUUUUGUUACUUAUGAUCUUUAGAAUCUUUGUUUUUCUUAAAGAACACGCUAAAAGUUCUUCAGUAAUAUGUAUAAAUCUUUGAAGUUUUUCUACUUCCAUAUUUUGUUUUCUUAUAAUUUUCUUUUGGAUU